UACAUCAUUCUUUGACCUUCAACACGAGCCGCGUUCUGUCUUUCACCUUUCACCUUUCACCUUCAACUCUCAGACUGUUUCGCAACAGCCAACAUUCUACCAACUUAACAGCCCAACACCAAUCGGAAAAUCGCAAAUCCACAUAUCCCGAAGUCUUCUUGCGUCAUUGAAUAUCGAACGUCAAAUAUUAUCGGGCGCGUCUAUCAAGAUGGCCACCCCUCGGGUCAAGGCCGAGCCGGGAAUCAAGCCUGAACCUGGCAUCAAGUUGGAACAAGAUGACCUCGGUCGCUCCCCCGCCGCUAUGUCUGAAGAUGAUAUCUACGAGGAUGCUGGAGACCUCGAAUUCUACGAUCCGAACAACAUCAGCGAUUCUUCUGCUUAUCUAACUCACGUGCCCAAAUACCUCUACGACGCAUGGAAAAACCUGGACGACGAUGCCGAGAUUCGCAUCGGUACGGUUCGUAGAUGGGACGAAGUAGGUCCCAAUGGCGAAGUCAAGCAACGCAUGGCAGUCUUGCUAGACCACAACCUCGCUCCUCAUCAACAGUUACCAAAGGAGUACAACCUCGACAUCAAGGAUACGAAUCUACCCAACACGUUUCUAUUCACCGAGCAAGAUCUCCCGGGAUUCAAGUCCAAGUCGCAGGGAGCCAACAGUGAUAUCCCCGCAUUCCUCCGUCCUAAGCCAGAGCGUCGCGACAAUGCGCAGCAAGAAGGCGACAACAAGCGCGGCCGCAAAGGCCGCUAUCAACCUUACUACCGAAAGGCCAUACCUAAGAAAACUGUUCUUCGAGGCCGGUUCCGUCAUGAGUUGAACUGCCAACCUGUUUGGACUCCGGAGACCAGACAUUGGCUGAACAUACGCAACACCGACGCUAUGAAACCCAAGGCGACUACGACGCUUACCUCUUCUGCCAGGCCUACCAAUCUCAUCCAGGCCGGCGCGCAUGUCUCCAACGACAAGUUCAGCAACUUUGUUCGCUCCGCUCCCGAGGUCAAGAAAGGAGGCAAGAAGCAAAGGGAGGAGAAGGCUGCCCGUCUACCCAAGAGCGACUUACGCGACAGGCUAUUCGAGUGUUUCGAGCGUUACAACUACUGGUCCAUGCGAGCCUUUAGGAACGAACUGCGCCAACCCGAGGCGUGGCUCCGAGAGAAUCUGGAGGAGAUUGCUAUCCUCCACAAGACCGGUCCGUUUGCCAACAACUGGGAGCUUAACGCGGACCACAGAGGAGCCCUCAACAUUCUUAAGGCCGACGGUGUGGCGCCUGAUACGGCCCCCGAAGGUGAAGGUGAGGGAGAUGUAUCCGACUCCGAUGCGGAAAUGGAAGACGUUAUGCCAGCUUAAUUUAAGAGCGAAAAGAGCGUCUACUGAAGGCAGUGAUAGCUACAGGAUGGACUCAGUACACGGAAGUACAUGGAAGUACUCAGAAAAGGAGUUACGGCGUCUUUUACAAUUGCAUCGAUGAUGCGAUUUUCCUUGUACCAUACAUAAAUGAUACCCUCGGCGUGACAAGCAGAACUGAGGUUUAUUGGCUAUUGCCUGUGGAAGUUGAGCUAGCAUGCCUAGUCAUUUCUGCAUGAGGAACUCCACAGUUUAUAAAACGAGUUCCUAUCAUGACUUGCAAUAUGAAACCUUGUGUUUCUUCAC